UACUCAAUCUGAUGUUAGGCUACACGUAGUUCUUCAGAAUUGAAAUCAAUGGCGAUUUUAUCAAGUGACAGUUCUUCGGUACUGUCGAAAAAGCUGUUUUCAUCAGUUGCAAGAGACAAACGUUACAUUCGAAAUGUAAACAACUGACAAUUGAGUCAUGCAACUUACGUAUAAGAUAUUUUGGUAGAAAUAUGUAACGUUGCGAUACUUUUGGGGAGAAAAAUUACGUUACAACCAUGGCAGAUGCAGACAUUUAUGGUAGUACGACCCCAUCUCCGGGGCCGAGGAUCUACAACAUGCCAAUAAAUGAUCAAUUCAUUUGGUUACUCUGUUCAUUAGUUUCUGCUAUAUCCUGGAUUGUUUAUAUCGCCUAUUAUAACAGCAGAGUUAUUGGAUAUGUUCUUACUAGGUUGCUUAAUAGAUUUGUCAUCCGUGAUGGAUAUGUUAAAGUUGGAUCAUUUACUCUUAGUGCAUUGAGUGGGAAAAUAAUGUUCCGAGAUAUAGUUUACAUCACAAAUGAUUACAGCGUAAGAAUUCAAGAUGGAUGGCUUAUAUUUCGAUGGUGGAGAAGUUAUGUUCCAAAAGAUGUUUCUGAAGAUUUGUCACAUUCUGAUACUCGUCUAUCUGUUAUGUUGAAUGGUUUUGAAUUGCAUGUCUAUAAUCGUUGUGAGCUUUAUGCUCAACUCGAGAAACUAUUUGGAUUAACUCCCCAAGUCUAUCCUGACGAAGAAAAUCAUAAUGUAAAUAUCGACGAUAAUGAUAGAGAGUCUAUGAGCAAUGUAGCAAAUGAAGCCCGUCACCAAAUAAAUGCAAUGGAUGUCACCCGGCGGGUUAAUAAUAUCAGAAGACAGGAAGCUCAUGUAAUUGCUAGAACUUGGAGAGAUUUAAUUCCUGUCAUUAAGUUGGACGUUUGCACUGGAAGAGUAGUGUUUGGCAAUCGCUUAGUUCCUACAACUCUAUCCAUAACAGUUGAAGAAGCACAUUUCGUAUAUUCUACAAAGCCGGCUGCAUCUCGAUAUGAUCAUUUCAUGCAUUUCACCAAAUGCAAGGCUGAAAAUUUCAAAGUCAUUUUGGCUCCUAGUCCUAAAUAUACUGGAAUGGUGGAUGAGCCGCCGAGAUAUAUGGGUGAAGGAUUUGUUGUACUGAGUUCGAAUAAUAUGGAACUUUAUUAUUACAUGGAUGAGCCAGGUGUAGUUCCAGAGCAUCCAGAAAUGAUUAGGUUAGCAAAUGGGGACAUGGUUGAAGCGAUGCCUCCCAUUUGGGGAAUUGAUAUAAAGUGUGGCAAGGGUACAGACUUCAGUUACGGCCCAUGGGCUGAUAGACAAAGAGAACAUUUAUUUAGAUUUUUUUUCCCCAAUGAUUAUCAGCCAUUAAAAAUUACGAAAGCACCUGUUCCUGGCGAGAAAAGACAAGUUCAGUCGUUUGAUAUUCGUUUGUCAACCCUGAACGAAGCUACAGUCGAUAUAUUGUUCAGCAAGAACAAGGAAACCAAUGCAAUUCACAUAAACGUCGGCCCUGGAUCAUAUUUGGAAGUUACCAUGCCUUGGAUAGUGUUGCAAGAUGGUUAUACUACAAAAAUAACAGGACAGUUACUGCAUCUCGAGGCGACGACCAGUUUACAAUAUAGAAGCUUAGUUGAAAGUGAAACUUUGGAGUUUGGAAUAAAGUGUCAUUAUCCAAUAAGAUGGAACGAUCAUCAGGAAUGGGUACUAAAUCUUACUGGCUGCAAAGCAACUGCUAAUUUAGUUUAUUCACACAAAGAAUUCUUUCAAGACAUGAUUAAUGAUUGGGCCAGUAAAGCGAGGCCAGAUCUUUUACAUUUUGUACCAUAUACAUGGAAGUUUAGUUUACUAUUGAAAGAAUUUGAAUUAUUAACUAUAAGUAACGAGUACAAUUGGAUCGACUGUUCUUCUCAGAAUCAAGAAAAUGCGCACAUUGCAUUUUGUGGAGACUUGUUCGAUCUUUCGUUUGAUCUACCAUUCGUGGAUUUUCUCCCAGUAACAAUACCGCUGCGAUUUUGGAUACAAGGUGAAAGUGUAGACUUAUCUUUUUAUCUACCUGAAGUAAAUACAAAUCGGAACAUUCUAUUAGCCCUACAUAAAAAUGCAAAGAUUGUGGCAAGAGAUGGAUCGGUUCGUCAAUUAGCAGACUUGGAUAGAAAUAAGAAGUGGAGAAACGCAUGUCAGAAGGAAUUCGGUUGGGUAGAUUGCUGGUCUGUGCCUAUCGUUGCAUUAAGCAUCAAUUAUACGUAUCAUCCCUGCCCACCCUUGGGCCCAACUCCUCAGGCAAAUAUAACUACUCCAGAAAAAGAAGAAAUUUUAUUAUCGCCAAUGCGAAUUCCUAGAUGUAGAAAAUCUCCAGGACUUCAUUGGACACAGGAUGGCUCCCAAAGAUUUGAUCCACAAUCCCUUUCGCCAGACAAAGUUAGUCUAGAAUUGGAAAUAGGGCCAUCAGUUUUAAUUACAUAUGGUUCACUUAUCAAGAAUUUUGUACAUUUAAAAGAAAACAUAUUUGGGGACUAUCAAUCUUUUACUGAUAUGCAACAAAGUCGUAGCUCGUCUACAACUAUGAGUAAUGAGCGCACCAAAGAAAGAGAUGCUCAUAAUAAUAGUAUCGAGACGUCAGCAGAAGAUGAAGAGUCAAAAUCAAAACCCUUUGAUCCCAGAGAUUAUAGGCCUAUGGAAGUCACUGUGGGGAUCACAAUGCAUGAUAUUCAAGCUCAUCUUGUGAAGAACUGUAAUGAAAAUGAUCCUCCGUGUCCAGUUAUUCUGUUGGAGCGCUUUGGGUUCGAAAUGAAAAAAACCUACAAGGAAACAGAAUUGCAGUUAUUGCUCUCUCCAGCGAUUAUGUUAUUGACGGAUAACGUAAUAAGAUCUGGAAAGGAUAAACAUUUGAAUCAAGGACACCUUAUGCUGAGUGCAUUGCAAGUUAGAGGACACGCAAUGUUUAGUGACGAAGGAAGAAGCUUAGACCAAGAAACGUUAGAAUAUGCUUGGUUGAUAGAAGUUCAAUUAGGAAAAUUGAGUGGUAAAAUAAGUUCUCCGCAAUUACAUCAUCUUUUCACUACGUUGGAAACGUUUUUGUUAAUGGUGAAAAAUACAGAGAAUAAUUUGAAACCUCCUGGAACACCACAUUUCUGUCAUCACGGUCUACCUCCACUUCAAUGUGCCGACAGUGACCCAGAUAACCAUUACAGGUGUCCUACUUCAGAAGACAUAAAGUAUAGAAUGACAAGAGUAUCGUUAGAUGCCAUUGACUUAUAUCUGCAAGAAGCUGGAACAGCCAUUCAGAUUUGGAUGUCACCCAUUCGUGUAUCAACUUGUAAUCUUCAUGGCCAGCAAGUGAAGUCAGGUGUUACUGGAGUCUUACCUGCGAUACUAGUUCGCCAGUUUGUGUCAGCAGCUGAACAUUUUGCAAAUGCCACUAACACAAACACAACUGGAAGCGGUCGAUCACAUAAUAACACAAGCAGUCGUAUGUCAGGUGAUGGGUCCGAUAUUUGGCUUGAGGCGGGCUCAGUAUCUUUAGGUCCAGUUAUAAUAGAAGCAGCUAUUUCAUUGCCGACACCAGAACACAAUUUACAUUUGGUGCAGAAUAAAUAUUUAAAAAUACACGAUGAAAGAACGAAACGAUUGUGGUUUUUAUGGCCUGUAGAAAGUGGUGUAAAAGCAGCAAAAUGUGGGUGCAUCGGUGGCUGCGCAUUUUUUGGCAAUAAUAAAAAUGGCACAAGAUUUUUUAAACCGAGUUACCACGAUUUGCAGGAUGGUAUCAAUGUCGCUGCAUAUAGAAUUUAUGAAACUGGGAAAGAAAAGGGCUUUGGACAAUCUAUUUUGCACGAAGGCCAACUAGUGUUUCACACACCCCCCUACAGCCUGCAAGAUGUAUCAUUGCAAGAUGUUCAUUAUCCAAAUGCAAGUCUUAAAGUAACAGUUGUUCCUGACGAAGCUCAAAGUCCUAAAGCAGGGUUCGAGAGGUCAAGAUCAACAAUCGAUCAUAGUAAAAACUCGAGUAAGGAAGGAAACAGUAGUACUAAACUAAGUACAGCUUCGGUCAGCCCGUUGGUCGGCGUGGCAGAAAGGAAACCCCUAGGACGAAGAUUUUCUUACACAUCUAUGCGGGGAACGAACAUGAAUGAUGUUCCAUACGCUCGCCUAGUUGAUGCCAGUCCCACAGUGCAACUGCCGCAAAAGCUUGAUUCGGACUCUAAAUUAAAUACAGAACGAAGUAAAUCAAUACUAAAUGUUCCUGAAAUUGAAACUGCACCAAAAAGUAGUGCCUCAGAUUCAAAACUAGCUGUUGAUUACUUUCACACACCAGCCAGAGAGUGUUUGCAGCAAAGCAGUAGCCCACAAUCCCUACCAACUGUUCCAACGGAACAGACUCCACCAACUACACAAAAAUUAGUGAGCAAAAAAGAUGGUGUCAAUGUUUCGGAGUCUCACCAUUCACUAUGUGCAAGAUCGGAUUCUGAAGAACGUUUAAGACAAGAGGUACAGAGAACAAUAUCUAUGUCAUCUGAAAACCAUUCUGAAGCAUUUUACUCUGCGGAUGAAGACAUCAGUCAUGGCUUAGGUGGAAGCCGAACCUCCAGCCUUCGACAGUCUAUUGUUGGUUCUGGUACUGUCUUGAAUCAUAGUGAAACCAUGAAAAAGAAGUUUUCCUCAGAUUUGUCGAUAGUUGAAAGUUCUACAAACGCAAAUCGCACCGUAGUAGAAAAAGCGCAUACCUUAGAGAGAACUAAGACACAAAACUUGCACUCUAAGAAAAGUUCGAAGGUGAACAGAAAUGCUAGUUUCAGAAGUGUAGUCGAUACUAACGAAGCUGGCAUCUUAAUUGAUACAUCUGACAGUCAUUCUGUAUCCUCAACAAGUUUUAUAUCAGCUAUGUCAUCACAAGAGGACAUGACAUUGGUGAAUCUACACAUGCAAGUUAAUAAACCCAUUGUUGAUUCUCCACUGUUGAUGUCAAGCUAUGUUAGUCAUCUGACUCAGGUUCGGUGUUCAAACUGGGUCCAAUCAUCAUUACCUUGUAGUGGUGAUGCUUUCACCACGCCCUUAUUUCAACGGACUGAAGAUGGCAGAUUGGUAUACAUUGGUGGACGUUAUGUGCCGAAAUUCGAUGCAGUCACUGAAGGUUUCACAUCAUUGAAGAUGAUUACUAGAAUUGACGGAUCACCCAGAGCAAGUUCCUCUACCAAGACGCCAACGCAUCCUUAUAUUUGGGAUAGUUCGGCAUUGAUUCAGUCUGACGGUGAUAACAAUGAUACCGCACAUGAUGAAGAAGAAUUAUUGACUGUUCAGCACGAAACUGGUUCUCGUACAACUGUUAUUCUGAAACUUAAAGGUGAUAUUGAUAUUAUGUUGAGUCCAAUGGUAUUGGAAUCGUUACAGCGCUUUAUUGAUGCCAUAAUACCAACAUUGUCUACUUUGCAUCCAUUAACAAUCUUAAAUCACCUUCACAAUGAAUGUCUUGGGAGAGUUGAAGACGCCAAUAUUUUGAAACAGGAUCAGAGUUUAUCCUACUGGAGCCAAGUGCAAACUAGUUCCAAACGAUCAACUGCUGAAAGGAAUAUAAAAAACGGAAAUGUCCAAGUUGCAUUACAAACCAGUGUUUACGAAGAAAGUAUUACUACCCAAGUACAGGGUACUAUAAUUUUACCAAAGAUGAAUAUAACAUUGUUACAAGCAUCAGUUGUCGAAGAGAUUAUUUCAUUCUCUGCAUUGGAUAAUAUUCGAGACUUGACUUGCGUUUCAUUGUUUGCCAUUUGCUUUGACAAUGUUACGACGAGAUUUUAUAUUGGCAAACAAGCAAGAGAAGUAGUACAAACAUUUUAUAAGCCAGCAGUACAACCUAAUCAGAAGAAGGUGAAUAAAAUUAGUAAAGCCUUUUUACCUGCACAUCAAACUGCUGCCGUCACUGAGAUUAUUGGUGGAGAACCAGUUUAUAUUGAAACAUCAGAGAAACAACAAGAAGAAACUAUAGUCACUUUAAAUAUUGGAAAGGUUCAUACACAAUUACGUCGACUCCGAAAUGAAUCGUCAAUAUUGAAAGAUGCAGUAAUAACAGCUAUACCUGUACAUUACUCCAAAGUGUUGUUUACAUGUACACGGAUAACUUCGCCCUUAAAAUGUGUUGACUAUUACCUGCAUCAACCUGUUGAUGAAAAAGAUAAAUAUUGCAAACAAACCGGUCCAUCCCAGGCAACUGAAGAAUUCACAGUGGGCAGUGGAGAGGAUAAAUUAGGAUUUAUAAUGUUUGAAUGCGGGUUGGAAGGGAUUUCAUUGAAAUGUGUUAAGAGAUCACAAUUUGAGAAAGGUGACAAUGGGCACGAGGAUGAGAAAUCAGAAACGGAAAUUUUUUGUACAGAUAGCAUCAAAAGCCGUGAUGAACUAGAAAAUACCAUUGCUUCAACUUCGGCAACAGCAGAACCAGAUGUGGGUGCGACAAAUACUUCUAAUGCAACGCAAAUAAAUACCAGUGCUACAUGCACUAGCCUUGUCACCAAAGAGACUAAUGGCAAUACAAGCUCGUGCAUUAUAGAACUAAAAACGGUGUGGUUCAAUUUUGCUGCUCCACCAAGAACUCCGAUAACUAGAAAAAUCGAUUACACUAGAUUGGAUUGGAAUCUAUUGAGCACAGCAUCCCCAGCUAUAAAUGCCUGGAUGAAUCCCAGCAACAGAUUUGCCAUUAGAGUUGUACACAUGGUUAAAAGCAUGUAUCGAAGGUCUACUGCCAUCGUGGCCUGUCUCAUGGCUGAAGCAUUGGAUGUACAGGGUAUCCACAUGCCAACAAAAAGUCGAUAUGGAAGAUUAACACCACUAGCCAAAACUUUACAAGAAGAUCCAUCUUGUCAAUUAGGCAGUAUAUUACAAAAUUACGUUCUACUGUCCGAUCUUUCUACAAUUGAGGCAAACUUAAGAACAGCUGAUCUACCUCCACUGUCUACCCUCCGUCAGGGUGUUAUAGUGUUGAGCAGACAGUGGAAAAAUGUACUAUACACUCCUUUACUUUUGGAGCAUAACUACAAAAUGAAGCAUGUCAAGCCUCUGAACGUCACAUUUGCUGUACCCGAUCCUGAUGAGGAAAAUUUGCUGACGGAUGGGGAAGGUAGUGCAGGAGACGUUGACGAUCAGGAAGUGACAGAUGAGUGUGCAAUGCUGAUCCAUGCCGACCACAUACACAAACAUGUACAAAUCAAGAGCGGCCAAGAUAAAAGCCCAGGUAUGUGUGGCGAUGGUUUGACGGUUCCUGUAAGCUCUCCUCGGGGACGAGAUACCACUCCUUUGCCAACACCAGUUCCUGGUCCGGAUUCACUCACUUCUCCCUCUCCGCCAUUAGCUCCACCUAGGAGAGGGAGAUCAUUGCAACCUACACAAGUACCCGCGAGCACACGAGCAAGUAUUGUUUUUCCAUUACUUGCAAGUGGCGGGCUGUUCCAUCCGCCGCGUGAGACUAACAAUAUUAGUUACGGUGCAUUACGUGAAGAAAAGUCACCACAAAUUCAAGUUACCCAUUCUCAUCAACUCGGGUCAAACCCAAGUAUUUACUCCGGUGGCAUUGGUCAUGGAAGUCACCACAGUAUAGGAAGCUUAGAUCAAGUUACUUCACCUUCUGGUCAUAAUGCUAACAGACCUGUAAGUGCUGGAGAAGACCUGUACAGCUGGAUGGCUAAGCAACAAGAUUUUAUUAAAGAUAACGAGAAAGGAAAUCUCAAAGGAAAUUGGGUCUUUCGCACUGAGUCAAAAACUAUAAAGGACUCUAAAAUUAAUACAAUGACAACAGAAGAUACAGAAGAUUCAGACGUCCAUAGUGGAACGUAUCUUUAUCCAAUGAAAGAUUCACUUCGCCUCUUAGAUGCGCAUUUGAUUUUUGAACCACUCUUAUCAUCUCUGUCUGUCAUGCCCCAACAAAUGCUCUCAGCUAUUGGAUCUGGUAACACAAAUAAUGUUUCGUCUUUGGAGUCACUUGGAUCCAAUUUAUCGCUAGUGGGCAGCAUGGACACUAUGCGCAUUGACAUAGUUGUCAGUGAAUUCGGAAAAAUGUCAGAUAAAAAGAAAGGGAAUAAAAAUUCAGGCAAAAAAAUACCCGGUACAAAAUUCUAUCUUGACAUACCUCCAGAGACUCCUGCAUUCUUAUGCGAAAAAAUUGGCAUUGAUAUUGAUAUAAAGGAAAUGGCUGAUAUGACUGUCGACGAUAUGAUUCAGAAACAAAAUGUAUUAUAUAUCUCAAGAGGACAGCUGAAAAAACACACAAGCAAAGUAGUGAAUUUCAGUCUGAACAUUAGAUACAUUAGUCAGCAAGUUAACAUGCCGCUGUUAAGAUUGCUGCAUCAAAUCAGUAACAUGUACCAAAAUGUUAAAGAAACACAAAUGGAGUUGAAAGAGCAACAACCCGAAGCAAAGAGGAACGGUAAUGCAAACGUGAUAGACGGGGCACCGAAGAAUGGCUCUACUUCAACUUUCGAAUUACAAGAUCAAUUAUUAGUUCAAGGUAAAAAAACUGACGAAAAUUUACUUGGAAGUAAUCUGGAUACUACUGGUCAGCCUAAAGUGAUUUCUCCAUCAGCAAGUAUGAGGUCUCGUCCUCAAAGUUUUGCACAAAAACUGCGGAGCACUGGCAAAAGUGUGAAAGGCUAUAUCAAUUUGAGUGAGGGUGUAAUCACCCCUAAUUUUGGAGCCAGUCCGAGUGGAUCUGGCUUGGAUAAAUUCAGUGUUUUGUCAGAUAAAUGUAAAGAUACUUCAAACUUGACGCCAAAAUGUUGGAAGACCAUUUAUUACCUAUUGGAUUUGUACGCAACACGACCAGAAACCAAGACAAUCACACACAGGUUUUCUAUACCUGCUGAUACGUCGGAUAAUUCAAAGAGUGGCAGAAAGAUGGAUAAUUUGAAUGAAACAAAAGAUGCUGAUGUUGAAAAGGGACUGAGUCAAGACCCUAGCUCUACACCUGUUCCACCACCAAAAGAAUUGAAUCUCAUCACAGGUGAACGUACAAGAUUGAUAAUAUUUGGCGUAGCUAGAAUACAUAGGACCAGAUUGUUGGCCACUUUGAGCGGUCUGAAACUGGAAGCAGAAAUAACCAGUCUACAUGCAAGUUUAACACGUCGGAAAAAGUCUAGACCAGCUAGCUCAGAAUGUAGUUUAACUGGCCAAAUUGGUAGGACGAUGAUUGUAUUGUUAGAGGGAGUUGCUCCAAAUCAACAAACUGUGGUGAAAGUCACUGUUGGAAAAUCACAAGCAUUGUAUUCAAGUAUUACAAGACGACAAAAAGAUAAAAAUAGUGGAUUACUGACAGUUGGUGCCGUCAAUAUCGAUAUACCUCAACACCCUGUAGCGCUUCAUGGUAUGAUGACGAGAGGUAGUAAACAACUUUCAUCCACUCUACAGGAACUCAGAGUUACUAGAACCUCGUCCCGAAUGUCCCGAGGUCAGCAACCAGAAGAAACAGAUGGUGCGUCCGGUAGUCCUCAUCAUUAUCCACCAGCACCUCCGGUUGAUGUAGAAAAAUCACGUCCAGUAUCUAGUUUACUGGAGCCCAUUGUUAUGCAAUUCAAUAUAAUUCUGCAAAGCUUGAGCAUAACUGCGGCACUAUUGCCUUCUUUACAAGCUCAGUACAAAAUGGACCAAGUAAACAGUUCUGGGAUAACAGGAAGCAAGGCUAAAUUUACAAUAGACUUACCUCAUCACAGCCUCAGUUUUACAACAAAGCUACAGGUAACUGAGGCUAACCUUCCCUCUGAGGCAAGCAUCGAAUUACCCAAAGUUCAUGUAUCAGCGGAAUAUAUCCAAGAUGGAAGUAGCAAUUUGAACGAUAGUAAAAUUGCUGAUGGUGUUGUGUUAAGACAAGGCAGCUAUCUCAGUGCCACCGCAGAUAUUGGUAUAUUCGAGCAUUCUUUGACUACGGAUCUGUUGAAUCACUUAGUCUUUGUUCAAAAAGUCUUUAUGAAGGAAGUCAAUGAAGUGGUUCAAAAAGUUUACGGCGGUGAAAAGCCUGUUCCUAUCUGGCUGGAAGAUGAAGAACCGACGAGCACUAGUUUGAAGAGAAUCUUGUUCUCGUUGGUAAUUCGUAUAAAGCGCAUUCAACUUACAGCUACAACACCUACUAAUUCUGCAGUUCGUUUAGAAACUGGGGCUGUAGAAUUUCAAUUAUCGAAUAGAGUACAGAACGUCUCUGGGGCUACCCAGCCAAAUCCUUACAUGAAAUUGUUUGGCAAAGCACAGGUUGAUAUUAAUCUGAGUCUGGGUCAACUACUGAAGAAUGUCAUGUUUGAAGAGGCAGAACCAGAAUUUCAGCAGUUUGCGUUUUUCAAUACUAGAGUUGGCUUACGAAACGCAUUUCAAGAAGAAAUGGCCCAAGGAGAAGACAAGGAAGUGGUCUUAAUUACGCUAAAACGACCAUUGAUCUACAUUCAGCCAAUGGCAGUUGAUAAAGCGAUUCUUGUAUGGUUGAAUUAUAAAAAUGCUUAUGAAUAUUGGAACGAAAAACGUGCGAAUUUGAAUAAAGAGGUGCUAACAGCCACUCAGCAAGUUUUUGAAAAGGUGCCAUUUGGGCAAUUGACGAGUCAAUUAAGUGCUCCUCAUUUAGGAACAUUGUUCUUACAACUCACUGUUGACGAUAUGGGAAUCUGUGUACCUUUAAAUUCACUUCCACCAAACAAUUGGGGUUUGAGUAGAGGCUUAUAUGAUGGAGAGUCGCGUGGAGCUGUUGUCGUAACACUCGAAAGUACAAGUAUUUCUGCAUGCAGUAGUGGCAGUCUUGUCAGCAAAGGAAGGUUUGUUGGUUUAUGUUUGAGAUUUGCUGAAGAUUUUGAGACUUCUUUGGAUGAUUGGAAACCUGAUAUGACAGAUAGUAGCAUAAUGAAUUUAUGCGUAGUGUCAGAAGGAACAUACGAAGUAUGCAGUAGAACUGUGGCACAAAAACAAGAUAAGUCUGACAAUGCGAAGUGGCUACUGAAUGUUCAAUGGCAAAUGGAAGGUGUUGAUAUUCAUCUUGAUGUCAGCGUGGGGCAACAAUUAUCUGCAUUAGGUCAUACUUUGACAAUGUUGACUGGCUCGGAAGAGGACGAUAAUCAUAUAACUGUUGAUUAUGAUAGUGACGAUGCUGAUGAACAAGAGAACAGUACUAGCCAGGUUAAAAAAAAAGAAAGCAUUCUAAUGAAAAAAUCAAAGAAUUGGACCGACAAUCUACCAGCUUUCGUAUACGAUCCCUCUCUUGACGCGAAAAAACGCUCCAAGUUGAUAGAAAAAGAAAUGAACGAACAAGCCAAAAUAAUAAAUGAUCUACGGUCACUAGGUGCAUCCCACGGUACCAUUGAACAAGAAAUGAAAAGACUCAAGGAACUAGAAGUUAUGGUAUUUAAAGAUUUUCGAAGAGAUAUGAUACAAAAGUUGAGGAGACAGUCUGUGAAGGCAUCAGGAAUAAAAGGAAAGUUAGGUCUUGGUAGCAAAAGUAAUGCUUAUCGUUCUCGAUCAUUUAUUGUUCCAUCACCAACACCUGAGCAUCAACUUGAAAGCCCCGAAGACUUGAAUGCUGACGUGAACUCUGCUAACUCUGCAAGUUUUGAAAGCAGUCCAAGAAGUGGUCCAAGCCGAUCGGCAUCGCUGAGGGUUAGAGGUCUCAGUGGUCCAAGAGUUACCUUCAGUGAUACCCAUACAAUGUGCAGACAGUCGUCAUUACCAAGUGCCGGUUCUGAGUUGAGUUUACCAGAAGGAAAUUUAGAAUGGCCAGAUUCAAUUGAUAUUGAAGGGGAGCAAGUGGAAUUACGAAAGAAACACAGAGAUACAAGCUGUGCUUCUAGCUACGAUAGCAUGGAAGGAAGUGCACCGCUCCUUGAUUCAUAUGUGAGAGAACAAAUGUCAUCAACUUCCUCACCACAUAUUAUAUCCCAGAAACCUCAAGAACCGAACAUCGAUUUUGAACUUGAUGUAAAAGUGCUUAUCAACAGUGGAAAGUGUGUACUUCAUACCAAAGAUUCUGCUAGAGAAGAUGAAUUAAAGUUGCUAAGCAGAAUGAAGAAAGAGAGAUCCUGCUCUGGCGGAACCUUUGAAUUUCAGCCAAGCAGCCCUAGCAGUAGUAGACGGCAUCUUAAUAGUAAAGAAAAAUCAUCUGCAUCCAGUGCAUCAAGGCUCAGAUAUCUACAACACACCAAUGUUUCAUUAGUUGACCUGACUAUAUUCCAUAUACCCGGACUGGAUGUAAAGGUUCAUUAUGAAUCCAAAACACUUCUUGAAGAAUCAAUAUCCCCUCGAUUGUCAACGGAUAACAGCUUGUUGAAUCCGUUAUCGGCGACCACUCUUCGAAAAUCCGGUACUAAAAAAGCCAGCCUUUUUGCAUGGAUGACUCUUCAAAGUAUUCCAGAAGAAACAAUCAUUAGCCCGCAUAUACUUGAAUUUCUGGAGCAAACUUUAGAACCUAUACCAAGCAAAACAAGUUUUCAUACAGGUGGACAAACAAACACUGUAUUCACUACGGAAAAUACAGAAAGUUCUUCGUGGGCUGCAACAGCUGCAAGUGGAAACUAUGUUUAUGCAAGUUUCCCGGUUGAUGUUAUCGUUUACUUCCAUAUGCAACCCUCCACUUUUAGAUUUUCAUGCUUACCAGUAUCUCGUGUAGAAUGUAUGCUUCAAUUACCUUCUCUGGAUAUUGUGUUUUCCUCUAAACGAGCGGAAGAAGAGUUGACUGAAUUUAAAGAGUACAAAUCUCCGUCCACUCAACCAAUUGGCAAAGAGAGCGGCUCAGCAAUUGGCGGUUUGUCAGUAACUGGCUGUCUUGCAGAUUUUUCUGUUUAUAUAUUUCAUCCUUAUGGUGGCGGGAAAAAAUCCGCACUAAAAGAAGCUCAAUGGUCGCCAUUAUCGGACAGCGAACGAAAGGAUUCUUUGAGUAUCAAUGUUGAGUUUGUGAAGUUUCAUUUAUCCAGGAGUCGAAAAUUAAAUUUUCCGAAUGAACAGAUUAAAAAAGGCACAGACACCAGUAGGGCAGUCAUAAGGUUUUCAACCAUUGUUGACAUUGGAUCAGCUUCAUUCAAAUAUGACAUGCGUCGAUUGACAGAGAUUCUUGCCUUCCCUAAAGCGUGGUAUCGUCGUAGCAUUGUAAGGCGGCUCUUUCUUGGUGACCUGAGUACAGCCUCUGCAUAUUCUGAGGGUGACGACAGUCCCCCACUAAAUCAAGAAGAAGCUGUCAUGGGUAGCUCUUUAUUACGGCACUAUGACAGGCCUGCUGGAGAUACUUUGUCACGUUCAGCACCUGAAAGAAGCCCUACUUUGAAUAGAGAUAAAUUAAGACUGAGCUUAGAGGCUGACAUGCCUAAGCAAUCCAGAUUGAAAGAUAUUGGUAGAGGCUGGAGUUUCAAUUCAGAUAAACAGACACCGUCGGAAGUUAAAUUACGAGAAUCAGCCUGGGAGACUCUGGUUCUUUUUGCAGUUAAUUUUACUCGAUUAAAUGUUCAUAUGAAUAUGGGAAAUGUCAUGGGUAACGUGAUGUGGAUGACCAAAGAUUUUCGAAGCGAUGGAAGACUCUCUAUUGGUAGUAUUGGGCAUAAAAAUUUGUAUAUUGGUGUGGGAUUAGGAGGAUCAAGCUUAGAUGCAAAAGGUGGAAUUGUUGGUGGUACCAUUGAACUCAGUAAAAUUGACACUUACAUCCACAUUUGUGAAGAACCGGGCACAGAACCUGAUCAUACAGUCGGAUUGAAAUUAUUUGCUCUUGAAUUACGCUUAGACUACAUGGGGACCAGUGUAUUAAUGUCAAGAGUAUCGUCACUAGAUGUAACGCUCAGAGAUGAGUGGAAGAUUAAUAGAACAAACAGUGGAGAUGCUUUUAUGCCAACAAGACGGCCAGCCAUAAUUUUCAUGCACGGUGAUUUGGGUUGGGAUCAGCUUCAAAUUAUAAUAAGUAAAUCAACAACUGCAGAUUUAUUGAAAAUGUUCUAUAAAUUGGACGAGUUUUUCAGCCAACAAUUUAGGAGUAGUAAAAGAGUUUUUAGCUCACUGCAACCGAGGCAUCAAAGAAUAAAUAAUACUAGUUUCAAACGAAAGCAACAGAAAAAGAGAACCACUCUUGAAGGCCCAUGGACAUUGAAUCAAGCUGCAGUAUCAGAUGCACGACAUCAUAGACACUGGCAACGUGUGUUAUCUCAGGUUGCCGGUCUUCAACUUGGGACCUUAAGGUUUUCCCUACCUUUUAAUGGUACAGUUCUAGGAGGGACAAUGGAACUACAUGGUUGUAACAUUAGCUUAGCCUGCUUCCACGGUAUCAAUUUCAAGAGUAAAAGUUGGGCGUUGUUUUCACUGAAAGAACCCUGUAUUAGCUUCGCCACUGAAGCACAAGAGAUACCAAAUGUAGAGUCACCAGACACCUGCGAUGUACAUGUUGUACAAACGCUGACUAUAAGUCUUGGCCAACAACAGCAAGAACAACAUGCCAGGCAUCAUUCUAUGGCAACCGUAUGCAGACUAAGUCGCAGUGUUUUAUUUCCUCCACAAUUUAAAUCCCUACAAGAGUGGUUCCACUAUGCCUUCGCCAAUAGCGAAAUAGAUGGAGUCGACAGAUUUCCAUGUGUUGAAAGAGAAAGAACCGAUAGUACGUCUGAAAGUAAUAAUGCGCCAAGGGGUAGAAGUACUUCAACAACAUCUGGAAAAAUGCAAGAACAUUCUCACACUAGGGAAGUUAUAUUUGCCUUACCAUCCUUACAACUGCAUCUGAAAACUGAGCAUUUGCAAAGUGCUAGAACUCCAGAUGUGAUUGGACUACCUAAGCAUAUUUUGUAUAGUGAGAAGCCACUGGUGGAAUGUAGUUUCAUUACUGAAUUUGAGGAUCAUAUAUUCGUGACUGUUGACGCCGAGGCCUUCUUUUUUCUACACGACCUUAUUACCUCUUACGUGAAAGAAAAGGAGAGAGUGCACGCAAUGCAGGGCGCCAGAGCAUACAGUCCAGACCCGCAAGAGAGACGGAACGCCAAUUUAAAUACUUCUAAUGCCUCGACAACAUCGGCUGUAACUACUGAAGAUGAACGAAAACGAAAGCAAUUUGACCCUGCCGAAAUGUUCAUUAAGGAUUGGAGAUCGUACAGAUGCAAAACAUGGCACUUGGAGCCUACUGUUAGACUAUUAUCAUGGGCUGGGAAAAGCAUAGAGCCUUACGGUAUUGAUUACAUAUUACAAAAACUGGGAUUCGCUCAUGCACGAACAACAAUUCCAAAGUGGAUUCAGCGCGGAUUUAUGGAUCCCUUGGAUAAAGUACUAGCUGUACUGAUGAUACGAAUGGUUUUGGCUGUCCGUGAAGACACACCCGAUGAAAAGGAUCGUAAAAAAGAAAAAUAAGAUUCAAAUAAAGCAAAUAUUACUCUUUAUUAUUUUUAUUACUACUGUUCAUUACAAUAACAAGAAGUUUUUGCAAUUUGAAAUUCAGUAUCCACACUUCUAGUUAUGAAAGCAUUAAAUUCAAAUAUUGUAGAAUACUUUCACGUUUCUACAGACAUAGCUUCAACGAAAAACUUGAUUAAAACGUGUGUAUACCAAAUUUACGAUAAGUCAGAAGUAGAAUACAGAAAUGACUUAGUGAAAUGUAACGUAAGUUGAGAAUGGGGAUGUUUGUAUCAGAGAUAAUUACAUAACGUUUUCCCAUUUGUAGUUUUACUCAAAGUUAUGGAAUUGAAUUAGAAUUCUAUACCUGCUAUACAUAUGCUGUUGUAUAUAAUACGUAGAGAUUUGAAUAUUAAGAUCAUUAUAAUUGACGUUUUCUAAAACAAUUAUUAAGAGUAUCAUUUAUUAUGUGCAGCUGUACACCGAUCAAUAAUCUGUAUUUUUUCUUCAUGUUAUAUACAUGUCUGAUGGUUUAUAUAAUCUUUCUGAUAUCCAAAUAGGUCAGAUUAUGUAUAUCUCUUUGCAGAUUGUAACACAAGUUUUUUUAUACUCACAUUUCGAUUGUACUUUGAGAUUCUGGCCUAGACGAUCAGUUACUCUAAAUAAAUGAAACGUAGGAGUACGUUUGUGACGUCACAGUUAUGGGCACCAUUAACAGUUUUAUUGUUUGGGUUGUACCGAAAGAAGAGUUCAAUAAUGAGAGAUAUUUCAGAUUGCUUUACAGAUAAGCGAGCUAGCGGUUUGAUAUUUAUAAAUUUCAUAUAUUUUUGGCAAAAAGGAUGAUGCGAAUCAAAUUUCUUCACUAUUUAAAGAGUUCACAACUAUGUAUUAAUUCACAUCAACUAAACCAAAGUCUCAAAGUUCAAGAUUCUCUUUUGUUAUUGUAAUUGUAAUAGGCUAUAAAAUGAAAAAAAAAUCCGUUAAAGUAUGUACUGUUAGUUUUUGUACCUCUUGAAUAACUAAAUGACACGAUGCGAUUCGUGAAUCAAAUUGAUAUUAAGUUAGAAGCAGCUUAUUCGACAUUAGUUACAUUCCACAAAAUGUCAGCUGAUCUAUCUUACAAACCUUAUGUUGAGGAACGGUUUUCAAUCCAUAAUCAAGUACAAAUCUCUGCAGCUGCUAUCACGGCUUUACGGCUUUCUCAGAAAUCCAAGCCAUGCAAGUUUUCAUGAUGUAAUUUAUAUUAUUUAUGGAGAUUUGCCAUUCAAUUUGGGGAUAAUAUUUUACGGUGAUUCCAUUAGGGAAAGGCCACUUUGGACUCCAAUUAAUAAACCGAAAAUAAGCAGAAGCCGUAUUGGACACAGACCGAUUAGAUACCAAUAUGUAUUGGAGACAGCCCAAUUGAACACCAGCUGUGUUACGGGCAGGGCCCCAUCAAGCCCCAAGGAUUGAAUAAACGUAUUUAAAUGCUUGAUUAAAACAAAAAUUGUCAGACGUGAAAAAGUAAUGCUGACGUCCCAUUUUUAGACCGAUGCGGAAAACGAAAGACCCUCCUGUCUGAAGUCUGAAAAUGGGACUGCAACAUUAAUUUUCUAAGUCUGAAAAUUUCAGUAUUAAUCGAGCAUUCAAAUAUAUUUAUUCAAUUUUUGAGGUCUGAUGAGGCUGUACUCACAACUACGCUGGUGUUCAAUCGGAAUUGUGUCGAAUAAAUCUUGGUGUCCAAUACAGCUUCCAAUUAAGUUUGAUAUCGAAUAAUGCCGGCGUCCAACCGGGGUUUACCCUUUUAUUAUAUUUGUUUCUUACACUCGUACUCGUAUCAGUACUUGCAAUAAGAUAACUGAACAAAAAUUUGACUCAUUCAAAGUCAAGUAAACGAAAUACCUAUGUGAACGACAAUUCAACGAAUCUUGAUACUGUGCUUUACUUUUUUAGUUAUAACAGUACAGUGCUUUGAGACCCAUAGUCGAAAUUGAAAAUAAAAAGAAACCCAUUAAUUCCACGUCUACUAUGUACAAAAAAAUUCACCAGUAGGGGAAAUACAAAGUAGAGAAUUAUAAUGAGAGCAAGGUACAUAUUCGAGUGAAGCUUAUACAUCACUCGAUGACGAUAAUUUCAUCCAUGUACAAAUGGGAUUUGGGUUGUAAUAAUUCCAUUAUUAAUUGUUUUCUUACGAAUCAGUUAACGUAGCGGAUACACAUUGACCGUGAAUUAUGAAACAAGAUAAACUCAUUGUACAGAUUCAUGUAUUUUUUUUUAGUAUUCUAGUUGUAUGCUCCAGAUUAAUUUUAUAAUUGUCUUAAUAUGUACAAAAUGUAAAUUUUCACUUAUUUAUAAAUUUGUAUCAUAUAAUAGAAGUCAUCAUUAUUUAUUGUUAUUGUUGUGAUAACAAUACCAAAAUUAUAAUAAAUGGACACAUUAUAUAUAUAUAUGUGCAGCAAAUACUGAGAUCGAAGUAUUGGACAUUCAAUGCUUGAAUUAUCCCUAGACCGAAAGGUAAAUUAUAUAUGUGUCGAUGAUCUCUUAAUUAUUUUACUUCACGUAAGACUUGUGAAUGAUUAGUGUGCUGUUAAUGCGUAGUAGAUAUUAGCAUUAACCUAUCAUUUUGGAAAUAACGUGGAAUUCGGCGAGGAGAGUAUAGAUUGAUUGAGCAAUAACCAAUGAACAAAUGUUUACUCCUAGAGCAGUAUCAUUUAUUCUGCUAUGAGUACAAUAAUACAAUUUUCGUAUCAUAGAUUUGUAAUGAUAACAUGUUUAUUAUUAUAUUACUGAAUAUGUUUGCUUUGCAUAUAUAUACACACUCACACAUAUAUAAAUGUCUGGAUGUGUGUGUAUAUAAUAAUUCAUAUUUAUAUAAUGAAAUAUACAUUACACUGUAUAUCUUAAUAAUAGUUAACAUUAAUUUAUAUUAGCCUUUCAAUAUCUACUGUGACAGGAAGUUUCAAGACUAGCAAAGUAGGUAUUUGUUUUUUAUACAAAAAAAUGACGGUUUGCUGUAAAACAGGAUUAGUAUAAAAAUUAACAAAAUUACCCUUCAUUUUUUAUAGAGAAUCAAUUAGAAAUAUAUCGAAUGCGUCAAGGCAAUAGUUGCUUUAUUAAAUGUGCUAUCAAAUUAUGGAGCAAAACAAUAUUUACUUGUAUACUUAUUUACCGUGAAAAUCAAACCACAGAUUUUCUAUUUUUAAUUCUUGAAUGUGAAUAUCUUUGAAAUUACAACGUUUUUCACACAUAUUUCUUUAAAUUCAUAUUCAUUACAGAAAGUGAUUGAAUAGUUGAUUACGAUUGGAACUAUCAGGUUGGAUAAAUUCAUACGUAUAGUUUCUACGAUUGAAGCACACAUUGUUACUUAUUUAAAUAACACGAAAUUGAUCUAUUUUUUCCAUCCAUACUUUACAUCUACAACUUAAGUAACGAUAAAUACGUUUUACUAAUUCUCAAAGUAAAUAUGAUUUGGCGAACAUAAGAAAAAACGUUCAGAAUUUACGACACUGAAAUGUGCUGUUAUAAGCGAAGUUUAAUAGAACUUUUUUGACGAAAAAUAUGUGUUCAAUUCGGAACAGGCGUUCUUAUAUAUUACAUUUAUCACUUGAGACUUAGUUUUAAGCUAAAGAACGCUACAGGAUUGCGUGAGAUUGCAAAUUUCAAGACAAUCUAGCACUCCGAAUCAUUGUACGGAAUUACUUUUAUAAAUAAGCUGGCGAUAAUGAAAAAUCCGCAAAAAUAAUAUCGGACGCGUAUCUUGCUUUCAAUGUCACUUUAUCAAACCCAAUCAAUGUAUUCAAUUAAAAGACUAUCCACUUUCUCCGGUACAAAAUUUGCUACAGUUAUCGCAACUCUGAUCAAAUAUAUGUACAAGAUUUUAGAAAGGUAACCGGUUUAAUUUGGUUUAACGGUUGAAAAUAUUUGUUUACGAGAUUGUUUGUGUAAAAUAAUAUAGGUAGAUCAAUAUGGAUUUUUUUAAUGAGAUCCAAUUAUAUAACGAACUAGGCAAUUCAGGAUUUGACUUCCAUCUUGACAGAGAUAGUAUAUGUGUGAGAAGGUAUAUUAAGUAUAUUUAGGGCAAACAUCGUUUACCACAGUAAUGAAUAUUGAAAUUGUAAUAAAGUAUUAUACAAUUCAGAUGAUACAAUACUUUCAAUACUACAUGAGGCUAUAACAGAAGCCUUAACUUAACUUAUUAUUAUUAAAUUACUUCAUAUUACAGUUUGAAUCAUAUAAUUUAUGUAAUAUAUUACUAACGUGUAUGUACAAACCACUAGUGUCUAUAACUUAAAGACUAAACAUUUCUAUCAUUACGGUUAGUUUGUAGUUUGCAAAUUCAGUUGCUAAUGAAUAAUAAAUUUACAUAUGGGCCACAAUGAUGGAGAAAUAGUACAAAUAUUAUCUAACUGCAAAGUCGAAUUUAUUCACAGCUUUGCUAGUCUACUUGAUUCGUUGAAACAAGCUAUCCGCUAAAAUUGCAUCUUGUAAUUCUUCACAGGUAAUUUUAAUUCAAUAUCGAAUUAUUUGGAAUAAGAAAAUGUAUAAAUGCAUAUUUUUGACAAAUAAGUAUUAUGUUUCAUUUAUAAAAUUUUGAGAGUUGCAGUUUGCAUAACUUUUUGGCUAUAAUUCAUGUAGUCUCCGAAGAAUACUAUCAGACAUUGAAGCACUGAUUUAUAAAUUUUCCAAUUCAUACUGAUUGCGAUUAUACCGUACUUGCACUUGCACUGUGUUUGGUUCGAGAUAUAAUUAACAUGUACUUCCUUAUAUUUAUCGCUUAUCAUAGAAAAACGAUGAUGAUGAUGAUGAUGAUGAUGAUGAUGACGACGACGAUGCGGACGACAACGAUGAUGAUAAUGAUAAUAAUUAUGAAAAUAAUAAUAACAGAACAGUUUUAAUUCACAGGUCAAAAUCAUAAAUACACCACGAAACAACUUAAAAGUUAAAGACUUAUAACUUAUAUAACAGUGAAAAAAUGUACAAAUGUGUGUUCUAAUAUUUUCAUACUACACAGUAGAAUACAAAAAUGGAAUAAGUAGACUCAUAUACUUUGUUCUGAAUAUGAUGAAUCUUAGAGAAACGGUUCUUUCACUACUUUGUAUGAAAACCUCUAAUAAUAUUAUAUAACACUUGAUUUCUACUAUAUAACUUUUGGAACUAUUUAAUUAUUUUAUAGUAUAACAGAUUUUUUUAAAUACUAUAAAAUACUUUGAAUAAUCAAUUGUAGCUUACUACCCAGUAAUAUGUAUUUUUCAUGUCCAUCAAUUUUCAACAAGUAUAUCAGAAAUAUUUUUACAUAGUCUCUAUGUACGGACGUGUCCAUCUACAUUCACGUGUUUCUCUCUUAACAAUGAAUUAUGAAAUUUUUGCAUACUCAAUCAUCAGUUUAGGUACUGCUUGGACGGCAGAAAAUAUUGUGUGUUCGUUAAAUAACAAAUACAUAAAACAUAUCGAAAUCAAGUUUUUCUUUUUACGUUUCAUGUGAAUAACACCCAUCAGACAGUAUUUUAUUUCUCGAGAUUCGAUCA